AUGUCAAAAUUAGAAGGAAAACUGAAACUUGGUAAUCAUCAAGCAGAACUUAUCUUACGAAACAAGCCGAUUAACCUGCUUAAAGAGCAUGAAUAUUCUAAAUGGAUUGCAUCACAGGCUGAAACAGAAAUGAAAACGGAAGAUAUUACCAAAAUUAAAUUUUUUCGAUUAAAACUUCUUCCUGAACAAUAUAGCUAUGCUGAAUAUUAUUAUCCGGAAAAUGAACCAUAUCGCGUCUAUUUUCAUAAAGUAUCUAAUCAGUGGUAUGUUUAUAAAAGUUACCAACGUAUCAGUGAUCUCUUUGCAAUUGAUAACUUCAAUGCAAAAGUAUAUUAUAUGGGUGUUAUUCCAAAUGAUAUUAUGAAUCGUGGUGAUUUUUAUGAAAUUAAUGAUUUCAUUUCGACAGUUUCAGUACUGCAUGGUGAAUAUAAUCGUAAAUUGGAACUACAACACAUUACAGGUGGUGGAUUUCGACCAAAUUUACGAACAAUGAAAGGUCGCAAAGUGUUACCAACAUUUUUGGCAUCGCACGCAAGAGAACAAAAAAAUGGGCCAUCUAUGAUAAAAAUCUUAAUCGAUCGUCAUAUUGCUGCUAUACGAGCUUAUCAGAAGAAACGACUUCAAAAUAUUGAGAAAAUUUUGGAGCAGAAUAAUAUUGCUAAACAAAUUAAGACUUUUAUAUCAAAUCAUAAGCGCUGGGUUCACGGUCGGAAACAGAUGAGUAAUUAUACUGCACUGCAGCGCAAGGUACGGAAAACAGUUCCGUUUAAACGAUGCUCUGCUACAAGGUUAAUAGCUUUCAAAAAUGUAACAGUAUCGGAUUUAUGCAACGAACUAAUUGAUUAUCCAAUUUGGGUUGGUUUUCAUUACUAUUCUAUGCGAGUACUUAACAAAAAUGGCUUACAUAUUAUUUACGAUGAUAUCAAUUAUGCUGUUCAAGAAGGUGACAAAUUGAGACAUUUACGCAUUAUGCCUUCCAAAUAUAUGUAUAAACCACAAGCGACAACAAUUUUUGGGGAAACAAAGGUAUAUAGCAAAGGACAGAUUCCACUUGACCAUUGGCCACUUAGUGACUAUCCUCCUAGCAUUGAAUCAGUUUCGGGAUAUUCUACAGUUACAAAAAUGUCAACUGCCACUACAUCACCAAAUUCAUGGCAAAAUGAUUGGAAGAUGCAACCACGUCAUGAUGAAUACGAUCAUCGUUUAACUGAAGCGACGAUACCAGACGUACGAGAUACACGUGUUCGUGGUGAUGAACAAUUUGCUAUUCGAUUCAAUAAAGAACUCAAUAAACGAAUUGAUUUCGCACUUGCUGAUAUCGAAACGGUGUUAUCAAAAACAAUGCUAAAUCAUAAAAUGGAUCCACGCACAAUAGCAGCAUGUAACACUAAUAACUUUUUUCCGGAUAUUCUUGAUAGACAUGGUGAUAUGACAUGGCUUAAGAAAGCUGAAUCAUAUAUCAAUUCCAUAUUGACAAAAGAUAAUCCAACUGAUGAUGAAAAGAAAGAUUUGAAAGUUCUAUAUUAUGCCAAACAACGUUAUGAACAAACAUUAUCAAAAUAUGACAGUUAUCAACAGCUAACACAAUCAACUGAUAAAUCUCAAGAUGACAAUGAAAAAACAUUAUCAUUUGGUAUGUUACAAAGUGGUCAUUCAACAACAACAAAUUUAUAUAUCAAUGAUAGCUGGCGACAGAUUAUUCAUUCGAAUCGAAUUCCAUCAAAUGCUUUGCAAAUUUUAAAGUUAUUGAUAACUAAUCGUGAUGCAUGGCCAUUGGAUUCAGAUUUUUCAAAUUUAGCCUUGGUUGAUCGCGCAGAUCAUAUUUCGAUACCAUAUGUCAUCGAAUCCUUUCAUCGUUAUCAUCUGAAAGGCAACAAAAUGAAAAUUUUGGCAAUAGGAACUUUGAUAUUUGUUAUUUUACUGCUAAUGCUUUUUGCAUUAGCUCUUUUUGUUGCACAAAACAAGGAAGAUUCCGGUUAUUGUCCAUCAAAUGUCAUAGGCUUUGAUCCUGAAAAUCCUCAUCGUAUGCUUAAAAAAUUAUUUAUUUAA